AUGAUUGGCUUCAAGUGGGGCGUGGAUCGCGAUGCUUUGGGGAUGGCCCAGACGGGACAUGCGAGGGCUCGCGUCAUUGAUAUGAAGGCCGUGAUCGCGGAGCUCAUCGCGAUGACGCUCUUCGUCAUCAUCGGCUGUGGCACGGCAUGUGCCAACGGCGCCGGAAAUGCGAGCCAGCGCUUGGUGGUGGCCUUGGCCUUUGGCAUGGGGAUCCUGGUCUUGGCCUAUUCGGUGGGACACCACAGUGGCGGGCAGAUCAACUGCGCCGUGACCCUGUCCUUGGUCUUGGGUGGUCAAGAUAUGACCGGAAUGACCCUGGGCACCAACGUCAUCAAUGAUAACUAUGGAUGGGGAAAUGUGUUGGUCGGGGAGUUCUUGGGCACCUUUAUCCUUUGUUUCGUCGUCUGGGAGACGGCGGUCUCUCCUGCGGCCUCCUGUGGGAAGAACGCCUGCAUCGCGAUCGGCUUUGCCGUCUUCCUGGCGCAUGUGCUGCUGCUGCCCAUCGACGGCUGCUCCAUCAACCCCACCCGAUCCUUUGGUCCAGCGCUGGUGAGCGCCAUCCGGAACUGCCCGGGACGUGUGACCAAAGGCUUGGAGGACCUUUGGGUGAUGUGGGUGGGACCUCUACUUGGAGGUGCAGCGGCUGCAGGCCUUCACUUUGCCUUCAAGCCACGAGGUGUCACAAGCACCAAAGUUCAGGACUUUGACUCCUGA